GACACGGUGGAACGCCGGGGAAGGAAAGAGAGAAGAAACAGAUAAAACCAGAGCAGGGGGUAAAAAGGUGCCCCGCGCCUCUCGGAAUCCAGAGGUCGCCGCCGUCGCCGCCGCCGCCGCCGCCGCCGCUGGGGGUGGGCUCCGGAAGAGCCGGACCAACUGGGAGGGAAAGGAAGAACCGGGAGCGAAAUCGGGCAGCCAGGGAAGAGACCGAGGCGCAAAGAAAAAGUGACUCCGGCCGUGCGCCCCGCAGGCGCUCAGGAGGGGACUGCAGCCGCGGUGGGGGCCCUGCCGAUCCGCCCCCAACAUCCUCCGAGGGGGCAGACCCCCGCCCGCCCCUAAGGGCGCGAGGCGAUGAGAUAAUCCAGCUGAGCUGCGAAAGGAGAGCGUCUGGCUCUGGAUUCGGGGGAGGGGGUCUCUGGGAGGGCUGGGCCUCGGAAGUGCGGGUGAGGGUCGGCGCUGAUCCCGGGCCAGAGGGGGGCGGGGGCUGCUGGGCCGCGCAGGAGUGGGCUGCAGGGGCCUCGCGCGCCCGGCUCACUCGCACUGCGGCGGCCCGCGCGCUGCGUCCAGCUCCGAGCUGCCCUGCGCCCCAGCCGCCCGGCCGGUCGGCCGCCCUGGCCCACGGCGCAGAUGGCUGUGCGCGGCGCCAACACCUUGACGCCCUUCUCCAUCCAGGCAAUCCUCAACAAGAAAGAAGAGCGCGGCGGGCUGCCCGCGCCAGAGGGGCGCCCGGUACCCGGGGGCACGGCGGUGGCAGUGUCUGAGGCGCCCGCUGUCUGCUGCUGGCGACUCUUCGGGGAGACAGACGCGGGCGCUCUGGGGGGCGCGGAGGACUCUCUGCUGGCGUCGCCUGCCGGGACCAGAACGGCUGCGGGGCGGACCGCGGAGAGCCUGGUUUGUUGGGACUCGGACUCGGCGCUGAGCGAGGAGAACGAGGGCGGGCGGCGCUGUGCGGACGCGCCGGGGGCCAGCGGGGCCGGCCGUGCAAGGGGGACGCUGGGCCUCGGCCAGCCGGUCUGCGAGCUGCCCGCCGCCAAGGACCUGGAGGAGGAAGCCGCAGGCCGGAGCGACAGCGAGAUGUCGGCCAGCGUCUCAGGCGACCGCAGCCCUAGGGCCGAAGACGACGCUGUUGGCCCGGGAAGUGCACGCGUGCCGGCGCUGUGCAGCGGAACCGGCGGCGGCGGCGCGCCGGCGGGCGGCGCGGAGGAGGAGGAGGAGCCCGCCGCGCCCAAGCCGCGCAAGAAACGCUCGCGGGCCGCCUUCUCCCACGCGCAGGUCUUCGAGCUGGAGCGCCGCUUCAACCACCAGCGCUACCUGUCCGGGCCGGAGCGCGCCGACCUGGCCGCGUCGCUGAAGCUCACCGAGACGCAGGUGAAGAUCUGGUUCCAGAACCGUCGCUACAAGACCAAACGCCGGCAGAUGGCCGCCGACCUGCUGGCGUCAGCGCCCGCCGCCAAGAAGGUGGCGGUGAAAGUGCUGGUGCGCGACGACCAGAGACAGUACUUGCCCGGCGAGGUGCUGCGGCCACCCUCGCUGCUGCCACUGCAGCCCCCCUACUAUUACCCUUACUACUGCCUCCCCGGCUGGGCGCUGUCCACGUGUGCAGCCGCCGCGGGCACCCAGUGAGCCGGCCCGGGGCGAGGCAGCAGACGAUCCCCGCGCCCCAGCUCCGGACGGCCGCAGACCGCUGUGCAGGUUGUGCUCCGUACGAGGGCGCCCCGCCGAGGGGGCGAGUGGAGGACGAAAUCCAGCCCGGGCUCAAAAUCCAAGAGCGCGCCCGGGCAGCGGGACUGAGGCUGUCCAGAGAGGGCGCCUUUUUCUCAUUUGAAUGGAGGCACCCUAUGGCCUAGGGGCCUUGCUCCCCAGUUGCCUGCCUGGAAGCUCUUGGACAUUAUUUAUUAUCACAACAAAGUUGGAUUUGGAUUGUAUCUGCCAGGAGACGGCGUUUCCCUGGAGCGCAGAGAACUCCUGGAUCCACGUAGCCUGAAUCCCCAGAAUUUCAGGCCGGCUGGGAGCUUCGUGCACUAGGCCACAAUAGUUCAUGGUAUCCAUGCUACCAAUCUAUGUUUAUCUACAUAUCUAUUUUUUUGGAACUUGCAUUUGUAACAAAGGGGUGCGGAACCUUGACAGCCCCAAGGAGCCCCGAGCGAUGGGCGUUGAUUUGAACCGUGAAAGGUUUGCUUUUGGGGCCCUCUGACCCCACCCCUCCCCGUGUCAGAGCCGGGGGUGGGGACGCCCUGUUGGAUGCUGAAUGUAAAGAAGGGAGCCUCUGAGCACAGGGCAGGGCAGAGCCCCCUCCCCCCGAAUCUUUCCUCUCCGAAGUCCAGGGCCGCUUCCAACUGGGGAGCUUCCUGGGAACCCCAAACCGGGAAAGAGCAAACCCAGCGGCCUUUGGCAGAAACUUUCUUUUAUUUCUUUUUAUUUUUGUAAAGGAGGUUAAAACGUGUAGCACUUUUCGGUUGUUUGUAUUCAAAUAACGGUUAUUUUUGUAUUCAAUGUGAAUAUCCCUGCCCAGCCUUUCCCGGGCAUCCCCCACAGUUCCGGCGCCGCGGGCCCUCUGUCUCUACGGAUCAUUCUCCGUGGCUCCUGCGUUCUGACCCAGGAUUCUCCCAUCCCUGCCCCUGCCCCUAAGACAGAUGAUCCUGUCAACCUCGUUGCUUUUUGCCUCCUUAAGGGCACUGUGCACUCAACUAGAAUAUUAACUUUAAAAAGAUUUGUGAAGUUUGGAAGCUCUGUUCGCUUUAUCUUUCUUUUUCCUUUAAUUUAUAAACUUUUAGUUUA